CCCACUCCCUGCCCUCACCAUGUCCACACCCGCACUGUACAAGAAGACCAAGCGCGCCGCGCCUGCCGAGCUCGACGCGCCUGCGUCGCCGUCGCAGGUCGAGGUCGAGGAGAAGAAGCGCCGCAAGCAGGCCAAGAAGGAGGCCAAGCGGCUCGCGGCGUCCGCCAGUGACGCCGGCACCUCGGCUGCUGCUGCCUCUGCGCCGGCUAGCGCCUCCACGAAGCGCCCGGCAGAGGAGGAGCAACCGGCCGCGUCCACGAGCGAUGCCGCCGAGGACAAGAAGGCGGCCAAGCGGCGCCGCAAGGAGGAGAAGAAGGCUGCAAAGGCCGCCUCUGUGCCCUCCUCCUCGUCUGCCGUCGACCAGUCUGCCGCCAUCAUGAGUGCGCUGGGCAAGACCAAGCCGGCCGCGCCGGCUGCCGCCGAGCCGCAGUCGACCAACUCGGCCGCGGCGCGUGCCUACAUGGAGGCCAACAACAUCACCCUCGAGCUCGUCGGCGACUCGCACGUCGGCAAGCCGCCGCUGCCGAUGCUCAGCUUCGACGAGCUGGUCGGCAAGGUUGACCAGCGCCUCAAGGACGAGCUGGACCGCAACGGCUUUGCCAAGCCCACGCCGAUCCAGGCCUGCUGCUGGAGCGUGCUGCUGGGCGGCAAGGAUGUGGUGGGCAUUGCAGAGACUGGCUCGGGCAAGACGUUUGCGUUCGGCCUGCCGGCACUGCAGCGGAUUAUUGAGGCCGGAGGAGCCAACGGCGCCAGCUCCGGCAAGAAGGGCAAGAAGGACUCUGCCGUGCCGGAGGUGUCGGUGCUUGUCAUCGCGCCGACGCGCGAGCUUGCCAUCCAGACGCACGAGCACAUGGCGAAGCUCGCACGCGCCGUCGGCCUCGGCAGCGUGUGCCUCUACGGCGGCGUGUCGAAGCCGGAGCAGCUGAAGCUGCUGCGCUCCUCGCCGAGCGUGCGCGUCGUUGUUGGCACGCCCGGCCGCGUGCUCGACCUUGCGCGCGAGGGCAACCUCGACCUGAGCAAGGUGUCGUACGUCGUGCUGGACGAGGCCGACCGCAUGCUGGACGUCGGCUUCGAGCCGGACAUCCGCGCCAUCGUCGGUAUGACGCAGUCGCGCGAGCAGGGCCGGCACACGAGCAUGUUCUCGGCCACGUGGCCGCCGGCCGUGCGCGGCCUGGCCGAGAGCUUCAUGAACGACCCGGUGCGCGUGACGGUGGGCAGCGACGAGCUGAGCGCGAACCACCGCGUGGAGCAGAGCGUCGAGGUGCUGGAGGACGGCCGGGCCAAGGAGCGGCGUCUCGAGGCCUUCCUGCGCAAGAUCGGCGCCGGCCCGCGCGGCAAGCGGCCGAACGACAAGGUGCUUGUGUUUGCGCUGUACAAGAAGGAGGCCCAGCGCGUCGAGGACACGCUGCGCCGCAACGGCUACAGCGUCGCCGGCAUCCACGGCGACCUCAACCAACAUCAGCGCAUGGCCAGCCUGGACGCGUUCAAGAAGGGCGAGACGCCGAUCCUCGUCGCUACCGACGUCGCGGCGCGUGGCAUCGACGUUCCGUCGGUCGAGUAUGUGGUCAACUACACCUUCCCGCUGACGAUCGAGGACUACGUGCACCGCAUCGGCCGCACGGGACGAGGCGGCAAGACGGGCAAAUCGAUCACCUUCUUCACGCAGGAGGACAAGUCGCACGCCGGCGAGCUGAUCCGCAUUCUCAAGGACUCGAACCAGCCCGUGCCCGAGGAGAUGAACCAGUUCCCCACCACGAUCAAGCGCAAGGAGCACUCGUCGUACGGUGCGCACUUCAAGGAGCUUGUGCCGGGCAAGGCCAAGAAGAUCGUCUUUGACUGAGAGAGGGAUUGCCGGCUCCCACCCCCUUGCCUGUUCCGCCUAGAGCUCGAUCUGCCAUGUAUCACGGCUGUACUUUCUCGCAACGCCGCUCCGUCACCGCG